AUGGAUAGCAGAAUAGUAAAUAUCGUGUCUUGCUCAUCAUGUAAUCAAUCACUGGCUGAGCCCCCGAUCGUUGAGCAAAUAGAAAAUCCUCUCGUAGCAACCACGUGUACGCAUCUGUAUCACCUGCAGUGUUUGAAAGACGUAAUAGAUAUUGCUCCACCUGGUGCUGUAAAAUGCGUAUUCCCUAGAUGUGACCAAGAAAUCCAACCAGACACUCAUUAUUUCGUAAAAGGUAACAUGAAGCAAAUUACCAUGAUAGAUGAAUUUCGUAACACACCGUCUUUCCUCGUAAGUCGAAUCAAAGAACUAGAAGAAGAAAAUCAAGAAUUACGUAAAACAAAUACAUCACAAGAAAUAGAAAUACAACGCAUUAAUAAUAAAGCUAAACAAAGUAUUCAAAAGAUUAUUGACCUGAAAGCAAUCACGAAAACAGUAGAAUUUUCAACACCAGCACCGAAACUGGAGGAAAUCAAACGUGACUCACCGUUGUCCGAAGAGAAUAAUCGUACUGAUGACGACGGAGAAAUGCUUGAGAUGAAUUUUACCCCUUCAUAUGAAUGCAUGUCUGAUGAAGAUAAAAAAUCAACGAACUCGAAGAUAACAAAAGAAGACAUCCAAGAAUUAUCACCUAUAAAACAAAAAACAAAAGAUAAAUCUCCAAUUACUAAAAAAGCGAACAGUACCAUAAUUAAAAUAAGACAAAGCAGUAAUGAUCGUAAACAGUUGUCACCGAAGAAAAAAUCACCAGAACGCAAAAGAUUAAUAACACCGCCACGUAGCAAAUCUCCAACUAAAUCAACAAUCACACGUAUUCGCCCUACGUCUCCGGUAUACAAACGACCAUACGUAAAACCAAAUUAUUCUAGCUAUCGAUAUUCAACACGCGUACCGAGAACACCAUUAGGAUAUAACAGAAGACAUGAAUUACGAAAACAAGAUUACGAAAGACGCAACUCGAAACGCUACGAAUCUCUGAUGAUUUAUCCAUCUUCUAAAUGUUACCCUAAACCUGGACAAUUUGCGGCGAUUAAGACAAUCAAACAUUUACGUAACUCGAUAACAAUAGAUACCUAUGCAGAAAAAAGAGCUCAAACAGUAUAUUUACCGAUUAACUACACUUUAUUUCGAAAAGAGCUGGAAAAUUUCAGUUACCCGCUAAUGAACAGAGCACCAAAAGAAGUAUACAAUAACAUACGCCCGAUCAAAGAUCAUCUAUUUCUCAGAAGUUUUUCGAUGACAGUAGGAAAUGGUGGUUCUGAAACAAUCUUCUUGAUUCAAAAUCAUUUCAUGAUUGGAGAUGGAGCAAUCCAACAAAUUGUCCACACAGCCGUAAAAGCAGAUCCCAGUUACGUAGAUGCGAUGAAAUUUAAUGACUUCAUACAGCCAAACAUCUCCGUUGACCAACUCGAACGCAAUAUUGACAAACACCUUCUAAAAUCAACGCGAGGUAUAAUAAUGUCGGUAGGCCACAAAGACCUCAUGGAUGGGACCUGUGAAGAAAAGUUAAAAUCUCAGUAUUUACGAUUAAUAAACACUUUGGAACGCAAAGGAGCUGAAACAAUAGUGAUAUUACCUCCAAUCCUGUUAAAAGAGUUUAAGGAUCAAGGUUCUAAAUUACGAGAUUGGCUACAAAGAACAGCACAUGAAAGACAGGAAACAGUAACAUACGUAAGACAAGCGGAAUCCAUACUUGACCGAUCCACUCCAAUUGAAAAAGGUGAAAACGAAGCGCCGACAAUGAUACAACAUAUCAUCUUAGAACUGAUCCUGGGUCUCAUUCCAUUCCUCACCGAAUAAAAAUUCACACAUUGAACCAUUUCGAAAAUCUUCUGAUCCUAUGAAACAAUUUGACACAAAGUAUUCAAGCAUUUCACAUUGCGUAACACAAGAGAAAUAUACUUCCCGUAAUGAUUGUUCACAAAUGGUUUCAACUGAAAUGAAGAUUAAUCCAAGAUAUUAUUCAUCAUCAAGAUAGAAACCUGAAACAGAAAAACAGAAACACAUUAUUAGUUGCAAAUAAUUCAAAAAUUUCGUAAAACACAUACUUGUACUAUUUAUUAUUUUUUAUCUUUUAAGCAAGAAGCAUUGUAAAAUUUUUUUUUUCUUCUCUUCUCUCUUCCCUUAUCAGUAAGCAGUGUUAUCUAUUUUUUAUUUUUUUUAUUAUUCUACAAAUUAUGUAUUUUAAUAUGUUUUUACCUAGUACAGUUUCCAUUUUAUCCAUUCAUUCAUUUCUCGGAAGGUCCAUGUUCAAGCGUAAUAACCAAAUGUUGACAUAAUUCGGGGCAGAAGAAGAGGAGAUCGCAAUCAUCUCUUAAUUUGAGAAUUUAUGUAAACACUAUGCCAUUACACAAACUCGGGGCAUAUGUAGAGACAGAUUGUGAUGCAUUUUCGGUCGCGUAUGCGAGAGAAAUUCGUUCUGCCUCUAGCCAACAUUAAAGAUAGUUUCGUAAUACGACACCUAGCGGAUUAGUUCACUCUAUACUUCGUAACGAGAGAACAUACGCUAGAGAAACCAGUCAUUUGGCGACUCCCGAUGAUAAAACAUCGGAUAUCAAUGUUCCGGAGAUGGUAUAGGACCACCUAUACCAUGCUAUUUGCGUAAAUCUAAUGGACUAAAUUAGUAGCACAAGUCCAGUCAUAUACGAAAUAUGAACUGGUGAAGCAAGUGAUCUAUUUCGAAUAUGUUCUGUGUUCCAGUUACGUUGAUAGAGUCGUUCAGAUGCACUCGGGUCCAGGAGUUAUUACGUAAAACAUCCGAGGAUCCUUAUUGUAAAUCUCAUCUAAAUGAGUAACAUAUAUGGACCUUCCCACAUCCGUGUACUGUUCCCUAUUCCCUGUGGUGAUGUGCAUUGCACUUUCUUAGGCAUGAAUAUGCUAUCUCUCCUUUUCGUAAUACUGUACAGGCCAGUAUAAAUAAUAUAGCUUGAGUAAGUUGUUAUUACGUACUUGAAUAAACAAUACAUGGAAUGACAACUGAAGAUGUGUUUCUUAUUUCGUAAGGUAUAUAUAAUUAGAUAAUUGUCUGUGUGGUAUACGUAAAUACACUCAGUGUCCGAAAAGUAGGUAACGAGGCGGUAAGUCGCCAGGUACCUACAAAGCUCUCAGAAGCUAGGUACUGCUAGACCUCAAGUAGGUAGCUAGCAUAUGUGAGACCUAUACAUGGAGAUGUGCUUGUAACAGCAUCAUCGUAAUGUGCAGAAUAUAUCUCCACAAAAAAUUAUUUAUAUCGUUUAUUAAUCUGUGAUCAAGAGUAUGAAAAAUUCAUUGGAAAAAUAAAAUUUUAUUGUUCUUACGAUAUAAGAGCUGUACAAGUAUUCAAAGAACAAUUCCUGAAAAAUGAAUUAACAGCACACUCUGACUCUGGUGAAAUUGGUCUCAUUACCAACAUCAAUAAAUGGAAUAAAUUCAGCGAAUUUAUCGACGAAACUUUUGAAAACGAUAUUACGUCAAGAUUGGUGGUGAAGAAAAAGUUGGUAUCAAAGAUGGCCUGCACUUCUGCCUACCAAAACCCUAAACAUUUUGAAACCUUUUAUAAUCGUUUCGAUGAUCUCGUGAAAGUUGUUGAAAUGUUAUUUGUAGACGAUAGUAGUAGUAUACAAACACGGUUUCUGGGGUGGUUUUGAAUUAAUCCCACAUUUCUGUACAUAUUUUUUCGUUUUUGUACAUAUUUUUAGUGCCUACGAACAGUCUAUUACCAAGACGUGUAUGUUGAAUAAAUUGCAUACUCGACAGUUUCAAGGUGUGUACUGUGUUUUAAAUUUUAUUAACUAAGAAGAAUGAAAAAAUUGAACAUGGAUAGAACUUGAAUUUAUUUAUUACGAAACAAAAAAUUUGAGUAGGUACAUUUGUUAGUAGGUAAGUAUAUAUUACAUAUUUUUAAAAAUUGAAAUGUAUUAUAAAAUAUGGCUCAAUAAAAAUUAAAUAGAGUUGGAAAUUUCAUUUUUCAUACAUUUGCUUUAUCAGGUUUUCCAUUUCUAAAUCGUCAUCUUGAAGUUCUUUUAACACAAGCUUAUGUUCAUUUUCUGUCUCUGUGUAAGUUUUACAUUUGCAGUAACAUUGACCAUAUGCUCCGCAUUUGAAGCACCCAACAGCAUCUACCUCAGUUUCAUUCAAUUGGAAGCAUUCUUUUCCACAACAGUAAAUUGGUUUUCUCAAUCGUUUAUGUGUACCUGAUGUUGUUUUAUCUGCGUUUUCAUCUGGUAACUGUUGAUUGUUUUCAGGACUUGUAGUCUGUUCAUCUGUGUUUUUAUCUGUCAACUCUUGAUUGCUGUUUUCAGGAUGUUCCUCAUUAUUGAUCCAUGUUCUAUAUUUCUGAACAUUGAUGUAGGCACAUGCAAAUGAUAAAUGGUUACCAAUUGGAUGAUGAACAGCUACUUUACAAUCCAGGUAAUGUGUUAAAAAGGGUAACUCCUUUGUAGGUGGGCAGUUUAGGCUGUUUAGAUCAAUUGUUGUUCGGUUUAAAAGCUCUUCUAAAGCUUUACAUUUUUCUUUACCUUUUAAGUAAAUUUUUGUAGCAUGAAACAAAAACAAUUUUAUAAGUUUCACGACAUGAUGUAGUUGCAUAUUGCCAUCUUCCCACUUUAGUCCAUGGUAAUUUUUUUGUAACCAUGCGACUUCUUUUCUUCUUACCUCUGGAAGUUGGGUGAUUGAAUAUGGAGGACUCACUAUGAAACACGUUGGAUCAUCUUUUCCAUCUCUGGAUACUAUUGCAAAUUCUUUGAUUAUAAAAUUAUUUAAUUGAUCUCUAAAUCCCAAGAAAUCAACAAUGAACUCCCUCUCGAAAGCAGAAGUAGGAGGCACCCAUACUGAUGGAAAAGUAUUUUUUUUCUCUAAUUUUUUAUCGCUAGAUCCGAAUCCUUGCUCUUGUCUUUCUGUAUCAUUUAAUUUCUGUAAGUUUAAAACAAAUCAUUAGUGCUUGAGUCAGCAAAAGUUUUCAGAAAUAUUAAGGGAGGAUACAUUAAAACACUGAAAAAGCAGAUACCAUAAAUAAAUAAUAAAAUAAAAAACUUGGUUCAUCUAUAGUGAUACUUACAUCACUCUCUUCUAAUUCAGGAUGAAGUAUUAGCUCAAUAAUAAGUUGAGCUACCUUGUCACCCUUUUUGAUUUUAAAAUCUUCAUUAUUAUGAUUGUGAAUAAUUAUUUGAAUAUUUCCCCUGUAAUCUUCGUCAAUCACGCCACCUACAGAAUUGUAAGAGAACUUUGUUCAAGAAAUUCAUUACAAUAAUUUAAAAGAUACUUUAGUUAGAUAGGUACCUACCUCCAAUAUCAAUAAAGUGAUUUAGUGCCAAACUAGAUCUUGGAGCUAUUCUACCAUAGCAGUUGUUAGGCAUUUGAAGUUGUAAAUCUGUUUUAAUUAAUUCCCUUCCUUUUGCAGGAACAAUAUAAUCAUAUGCACUAAAUUAAAAAAAAAACAUUGAAAAAAUAAAUCAGUAGGUACUUUAAAAAAGAAGAAAGGGAUAUGAAUAAAAAAUUUUAAAAAUAGGUAUAUUGGAAAAAAUCAGCAAGACUUGAAAAAAUAAGUGUGUAGGUUUAAAUAAAGAAUUGAAAAAAAAAAGAAGAAAUAAAUAUAGUAGAAGAAAAAAAAUUACAUACCUCUUCAAAUCAUAACCAGCUGAUUUUAAAGUUGCUUUUGUUGGAACAAAUGCGUUUUCUGACAUCUUUACAAAUUUUAAUACAUUAGCCAUGGUAUGAAAAAAAUAUUACACAACUUUUUUCAAAAAUACCUGAUCACAAUUGAAAUGUUCGAAAUUUAUAUAAAUUCACUUCAAAUUAAACACACUGAACUGUCUAAAAUACAGAUACUGGUAUAGGUAGGUACUGUGUAUUUGCAAGGCUUUAUAUACUAGAAAUCUUCAGUCAACUUUACAUGACCUCAAAUUUUCCCCAGAAAAUUAUUUCAUUAAAUCCAGUAAAAAUUACGAUGAAACAGAUUUUCGUAAGUUUAUUUACUCAACUUUCAUAACCUUACCUACAUACUUUCAAUGAUGCAAUUUUUAUGAUGUGGGUAUUAUAGGUGAUCAUCAAACUAAAGAAAACCAAGUCUUAAAACAGGUUCAGAAUAGACUUACAUUUUUUUAUUAUGUUGCACUCUCGGAUCUUGCAUUUUUUGUGCAUUCUACAUACCUAUAUCUUAACAGUGUUUAGAAGGUUGUUAUAGUUACCUACCUUGAUUAUUUUGUUUUGCUAUAAAUUAGGCAAGAACAGUAUUACACAAAGUGAAUCAACAGACAUGAAAUAUAAAUAGGUACCUUACACAAAAUUUAUGAGAAAAAAAAAAUCCGUUCAUUUUAGUAGGGAGAACGACUACAAUUUAUAAUAUAAAUACGAGAAUGAACUGCAUAGUAAAAUUAAUUUCUGUGUUGUUGUUAGUUUGGUGGUGUUUGUAUAGUAAUUUCGUGAUACCUAUCUUAUUAUUUUCAUUUUUCAUCAUGUCUUCUCUAGAUAUAACUGAAAUUUUCAACACUUUUUUAACAAGAAUUUUUGAUGGUGAACUUUAUAUAAAAAAGUUGAUUUUAAGGAAGCCAUUUACUCGUACAGAAUUCCAGGAAAUACUAGAGAAAUUUAAGGACCUAAAAAUGAAGGAACUCAUUCCAUUUGAGAUGGAGUCUGCAGUUGAAGGUUGUUUGGAAACUCUGAGAAAAGAGAUGAUAGAGGAGGAACGGAGAAUUGUAAUUCAACAAUUUGAAGAUUCUAUUAAGCGAGCUGUGGAGUCUGCAAUGAAACUGGUCUACUCCCCACAUCCAGAGGUACCAUCAUAUUCAAUAUGAUUUUUAAAAAAUUAUUUCAUCAUUGAUUUUUCAAUAUUACAAGUACAUUUUAUUCAUAUGUAGGUACCUACUCAUUUUUUUCUUACUGUUACUAUUUUAUUCAUGGUGAAUUUGUAAUUAUGCACUAUACCUAAUGAAAAUAAAUUUUUUUAAAAACAACUUUGUGCUUUUUUUUUUUCAAUUUGAAAAUAACACAGACUGAUAUAUGUGUAGUAUACCUACCUAAAAAAAGUUCAAUUUGGACAUGUUCCUGAUACAUAAAAAAAUUUCUGUAACAAUUUUAUAGUUUAUUGAUGAUUAUGGAUUACAUUAAAAAAAAAAAAAAAAAAAUACAUUAUCAUUCUUAGCUUAGUCAACAUAAUCGGAUACAUUAAUCCAACUGUUUUCUGAUAUAGGUAAACCCAGCCAUUUCUCUCUGAUUUUGUUAUUUUUUCUUCGAAUUAUCUUCUCAAUUAAAUGAACUUGAGGGUGUUUAGCUUUGAUAAUUUCUUCACGGUAAAAAGAUCCUUGUAUAGGUUGUUUUCUCAAAUCUUCCAACACGUAAGUAGUAGGAUAUGAUACAUUUUGAAUUUUUUUUAUUCUAAAAACUUCAUUUGAAUAGUUUUGAUGGUAGGCCUUGUCAAAUUUCCCACGAGAGAAAGAUAUCCGAACUAGGUCAUUUUUUUUAAACUUUUCUGAUAGAUAUUUUCGUUUUGGGGCUGUGUUUUUCAAAAUAUUUUUCAAAACGUCAAUUUCAUUGCUAAAAUUGACAUCUAUAGGUCUGUAUUUGGUAGUGUGAUGAAUAGUUUUGUUGUACAAAUUAACAACUUCAGGUAAUACUUUCAGGUAUCUAAAAGAACCCUGUUUAGCCAUUUCUUUAUAAAGAGCAGUUUUUAAGGUUCUUAUCACUCUUUCUACAAUUGAAGCUUUUAUUACAGAAUAUGUACUGUAAUGAUUAAUGUUGUAUUUUUUGUAAAUUUUUUCACAUUCUCUGUUGAAAAAUUCUUUCCCAUCAUCAGUUUGUAAAUUUUUUGGGGGGUUUGCUCUGAUGAAUAUUUUUUCUAAAGCAGAUGUUACAUCUGUCAUUUUCUUGCUUUUCAAUGGUUCAGUAUAUACCAUUUUAGAAAAACAAUUUAUGACAACUAAAAUAUACAUGUACUUAUUAUUUAUAUUAGCAUAUUUUUGCAUAUCUAUCAAAUCUGCAGCAUACAAAUCAUACAAAGAUCUAAUUUCUACAUGUCUACGAGUAUAAUUUUUUCUUGCUGGACUGUACAAUUGAUUGAUCAAUUCAUUUUUAAUGCUUAAACCCAUGACAAUAAUUUUUAGUAUAUGUACUCUUCCUGGAGUUCUUCUAAUAUGGCAUUAAUUUCGUUUGUUAUUUCACUAGAUGUAUUUCCAGCUUGCUUUUCAGCAUGUAAUAUUUUCAAACGAGAAACAAGUUCGUUUGGAUCAUUAAAAUAAAUUACAUUAAAUUUCUUAUUAUUUGAUACCUUGUAUCUGUAAUGAGGCUGAGGAAUGAUGUUAAGGUUAUGUUUGAUUUUAUUUUUCUUCAAUUUUUUUCUAUUUAUAUUCUGACGAUUCGGAUUUUGUAUUGAUGUAGUCCUUGAAGUUUUUUUAGUGUUAUAAGGAUGGCUUGAUUUAUGUCUUUUCAAACCAGAGCCUUUUUUAUUUAUAGAAGAUGGACUCUCUAAAUUUUUGAGUGGUAUUUGAAGUUGACUGUGAUGUUGAGGUUCCUGAUCAAAAACUGUACCCUCAUUUAUUGAGGGGGUGCUAUAAACACUUCUUGUUCUAGGUGUUCUUUCAGGGGUAGAAACAUACAAAUGUCCAACAAGGCUUUUAAGAAAUUGAAAUUUAUCAGAACGACUUCCAACAUUCUUCCAGGCUCCAGAGCUGUUUUUUACAGCAUCUGUACUGUAUAUUAUUUCACGAUAGCUUUCCAAAUCAUCUCCAGUGUACAGAUUUUUAUUUUGAUCAAUUGAUUUACUUGUUAAAAGAUAUUUCAAGCCUGGUGUUAAAUUGUAUGUUUUAUUAUCAUGAGUUAUUAGAUAGUCAUCAACAACUACAACAUUUUUUUUCCCUAUUGUAAAUUCUUCAGUUGUAGGGUUAUAUUUUAAUCCAUAGACACUAUCUGCUAAUGGUGGUAAUCCCUCAAUUGUGAUGGAUGGCUGUGGUGAAGGUGGUGGUUGAAUAAGUGAUGAAUCGUUUAUUAUUUCUUCAAUUUUGGACUGGGACUUGAGAGAUUGUUGAUUUGAUGAUUGAUUAGAUAAUGAAAGAGUCACACGUUUAUUUCCCCCCCUUUUUUUUAGAACUGUUUUUAAAUUUGAUUCAAUAUUUGUAAGAGGUCCAACUAUUGGUUGUAAAUUUUCUUGAACAUGCUGAGCUGUUUGUUCUUUAAUUAAUUUUAAUGCAUUAAAUUUUUCUUUGAUAUCUUUAGCUACUUCUAAAAUUUCACUUUUUUCCUUAAUUUCUUUAUUUAUAUUUGACAUGCUAUCUGUAGAUAUCAUAGUGUAUGUAUUGAAAAAAUUUGAUUAAUAACAGUGUUGAUUCAUUGAUUCAAAAUAAUGAAGUGAUGAAAUGAUGAUCUCAAUUUGCCAUUAUAUACAUUUUUCCCAUCUGUAUCUAUGAUUAUGAAUCCAUAAAUUUUAUUCCACACAUGCUUACAUAUGUUUUGAAAUUUUUCAAAUGAUAUGUUAUCUGCACUCAAAUGAUCAUCAUAAACAUGUUUCAAAUUUAAAGCAUCCUGUUUGAAUAAAACCACAAAAUUUGCAUUGUCUCUAAUAAGUGACUUACUUAUUCUGGCAUAACUCUGACAUAAUAAGAAACAUGAUAUGAAUUUAUGACGACCCAUGGAAAAGUAUUGUCUCAAUUUUUCAUUUGCUUCAUUUGUUGAAGAAAUAUCAUCAAAAAUUACAAUACUAUGACUUUUACAAUUUUCUGGGCUUGGUAAAUCUUCACAAUUUGAGUAACAAUGAAAACCAAUUUCUGGGAUCAAUUUGAACACAUUUUUUAUUUUCUCAUACUUAGUUUGAUAUAAAGUUUUACUGAUCAAAUAUACAUGAUCAAAUUUUAACCCAUUUUUAUGGCACAAUAAAGUUACAAUCAAAUUAGUUUUUCCACACCCUGACUUUCCAACGAUCAACCCUCUAAUUGAAUCAGGAAACAAUAGACCAUGGAUUUUUUGUGAUUUUGACAUUUUUUUUGUCAUUUUAUUUUCAAAAACAGCUAUGUUGGUAGGCAGUUUUGUAGUUUGCUCAAUUAUUUUGAAAUCACCAUUAUUUGAUAACAUUUUGAAAUUUUUCCACCUAUAAUGGGUGAGAAAAGUAUAAAUACUGUUACUUUUCAUCAAGUUAGUUCAUUUAUAUAUGAAUUGUUCAGAGAUAUGUUAGAUCACUCUUCUCAAAAUAAAAGACAUCAAACUGGUGAAGGUUUGAUAAAUACAAUCAUAAAUAAGCUACCAUUUGAAUUGCAUUAUCCAGGCUACAGAUAUUUGGGUCCAGGUACAAAACUUGAAGAAAAGUUGGAUCAAAAUAUUUCUGGAAUAAAUCCUCUAGACGAAGCAGCAAAAUUACAUGACAUUGCCUACUCAAAACAUCAAGACCUGGAAAGUAGACACAAAGCAGAUAAGGAAUUGGAGUAUAAAGCUUGGGACAGAGUUAAAAGUAAAGACUCAAAUUUUUCUGAGAAAGCAGCAGCUUAUUUGACAACAAAUCUUAUGAAGAUUAAAAGAAAAAUUGGAGCAGGGUUGAAAAAAAAAUCCUGCCAGCGUAAAAGAAUCAAUCAAAUCAAUUGUGGUACUCGUAAAAUUAAAGGUAAAGGUUUAACCUUCAAUCAAAUUGUAAACAAGGCCCGCCAAGUUAUUAAAAGGUAUCCUAAAGAUAGUCUUGAAAGUCUGGUUGCCAAGUCAUUAGGUACCGUUAAAAAAUAUAAGGUGAAACAGACACGUUCUCGUGUUAAACGUGUGAUCCCAGUACCUAAGACAGGCGGAGCUAUACCACUCAUACCUAUAUUAUCCGCUUUAUCUCACGUAGGAACGAUAACUGGUGGAAUUUCUUCUGUGUUGAAUGCAAUACGUAAUAUUCGUUCAGUCAUUACAAAUCAAAAAGGUAGCGGAAUCAGUAGUAAAUUUACACCAGUUAGUGUUGGACAAGGUCUUACCAUUGGACCAUAUAAACGAGGUUUUGGUUUAUAUACAUUACGAUGACAAGCAGAUGGGCUUCAAGAUUGCCACCAUCUAACAAACCUUUGGAUUCAACUCAGUUGUGGUAUUUAAUAAAAAAAUUCAAUGUCAAUCACUUUAGAGGAAUAUUUUCUAGAGAUGGUUUACCUAAACAGCCUAGAAAAAUUGAAUGUGGAAUAGUGAAUUUAGAUGCUUAUAAAAACAAGGGAACUCACUGGUGUUGUUAUUAUAAAUAUUACAACACCAUAAUUUGGCAUGACCCCAUUGGAAACAUAUCCCCUCCUUUAGAAAUGAUUAAAUAUUUUAAAAAUAGAAAAAUAAUUUAUAAUCACGAACCUACCCAAAAAAUUAAUUCUGUUAAUUGUGGCCAUAUGUGUAUUAAAUUUCUGAUAGAUAUGAAUAAAAAACCCCUAAAAAAAUGUCAAUUGAUUACUCAGCUAUGUUAGAUAAUUUAAGAUUGUGUAUCAAUUUUAUUGUAAUUUGUUGUCAUGUUGCGAAAUGUUACAUAAAAAAUUGUACAGAAAA